AUGCCCGCAGAACACGGCAUCACCGGCGACGUCCUUGUCCACCUCGAUCACUCGGCACUCAAGGAUGUCGGCGUCCACUCGGUUGGCCAGCGUCUGGCGAUCCUGAAGACAGUCUACGAGCUCAAGGUCGCGCAGAACAUCCCCAUUGAAGAAGGGCAUUAUGUCCCGCCUUCCGAAGAGAUGGACGCGGAUGGUCCUCUACAUACGCAUCACGUACUGGGCAUGCUCUCCGAGCGGGAUGAUCGUAUCCGCAACCUUGAACACGAAGUGCACAACCUGCACAAUGCGCUGCUCAAUUUGCGGGACGAGGCGUUGAGCAUUGCACGGAGUGCUCCUCAGACUGGCAAGACACGGCAGAACAUCCGCUCUCCUACUACUUCAACCUUCCCGCAUCCGCUUUCGAACGCAUCCACCCUGUCGCGCUCGACUUCAUCGCCCUCCCGCCCGCGGCACCCUCCUCCCGUCGCAGUCAACUCGAACCUUGCCAUUCCCGGCGCAUCAGGCCUUCCUGACUCCCCUCACAGUCCCGUCGUCGACUCGCCUCGUCAUGCGAGCGAAUACCAGCACCAGCAGCAGGCUCUGCACCCGCAAGAUGGUGCGGGACACGGACACCCGACCGAAGUCAGCAUCAACGGUGUCCCUACACCAACGACACCGACCGUCCAGAUGCUCGUCCCGCCCGACUCGGCAGCCGCCGCAAAUGGCGCUCCAGUCUCGCUCUCCGCGACCUCCUCUUCAACCACCCUCGUUCCGCCGUCUUCAGCUCGCUCGACUGUCAGCACGCCUGACUCGGCUUCGCAGGCCACUCUCGCCAGGUCUCCGUCCACCUCGCGAUCGAAGGACGGAUCGAGCGGCGCGGGCGGAAGCGGGAACACGCCGGACAACCCCUACCGGUCGUUCCGCGUUACGCUGGAAGACCCCUGCUACAAGGUCCUUCCCGCAGCGCUCAAGAAGUAUAAGAUCAACGAUGACUGGCGCCUCUACGCGCUGUUCAUCUGUUACGGCAACACGGAGCGCUGCCUCGCCUACGACGAGAAGCCCCUCAUCCUCUUUCAGAAGCUCAAAGAGUCGAAUGACAAUCCCGUCUUCAUGCUUCGACACAUCAAAGACAUCAAGAGUCCUAUCGCAGUCGCGUCGGCGAAGCACGCGGCGAGGCGGGACAAGCGCCCACCAGGUAUCGGCGGCGGAGUCGAGCGAAGCCUGAUGGGCGUCAAUCGGGACGGCAGCGCUGCCCCCUCUGCGUCGACUCUCACUCCGGCGAACGGUCUUGGCCCGAAUGCUCGGCCGACGCGUCUGCACCACCCGCCUGUCCUGCUGCCGGUCGGUAAGGACAAGGCUGCGGAGGACGCGGGCGAGGGUUCGGGCGCGGACCGGAAGGACGAGAAGGAGCGCCGCAACCAAGGCUACUGCAUUGCCAUCUACCCCUAUCUGGCGGAGCGCGAGGACGAGUUUGAUGUGGCCGUUGGCGACACUUUCGUCAUCCUCUCGAAGACAAAGGGUUGGUGGGUCGUCCAUCGCGACCACCCGUCGACAUCCCUCUCCUCGUCAACAUCGUCGAACCCCGAUCAUUCGCCCAUCCCGCGCAAGUCGGCCUGGGUUCCGGCGGGGUGUCUGCUCGAGACGUCGGUCCCGCCGCUCUCCCUCCUCGCCAACGGUCCGACAGCCGAUUCCGCAACCAGUCCCUCCGCGUCCAAGUCGUCGCAGGGCGUUCCAGCGCACGAAGGGAACGCAGCGUCAGUCCCAAUUCCGCCCUCGUUCGUCGUCUCCGUCUCGACUCCCGGUGUCGCCUUGAUGGACUACACGCCUCGCGGACCUGGCGAACUGGAAGUCAAGAAGGGCCAGCCUUUGCGGAUCCUCAAGCGGUACAACCACUGGAGCUAUGCGAUCAAGGAGGACGGCGGGCGAGGAUGGCUGCCGAGCUGGUUCUGCGGCAGGGCGAAUAAGCCGGAUGGGGCGAGCGCAGGCGCAGGCGGAGGGAUGGGCACGCCAACCACGCCAACCGUUCCGUCAAGCGCCGCGGGAUCGUCGGCCACGUCCGCCGGUCAAGGCGAUGCCUCGACACGACCAUCGACAGCGCCAAGCGGACCAGUCAAGCCGCCGGCGCUCACGGUCGCAGUUCCUCCAGCUUCAGCAGGCGUUAGCGCGACAAAAUCGGCUGGUCCGGUCUUGACAGUCGAUGGCGGAGGGAUGGUACGAGCAGAUGAGCGGGACGGCGGAUCGGGUACAGUACGGAAAGCGAGUCUGACGGGAGAAGACGGCGCGUAG